AUGGUAGGUAUGAAAGAAUGCCUUUCUAAGUCUGUAAUACGUAUGAGAUGAGCUUGUAUUCAUAUAUUCUUAAUAAAUUAUUUUCGUGAAAUAUAACGAUCCCGGAUAUAUAAAAACUAAAAUUGAAGAACUACUAACUAAGAACAAACAGAACUUAUACUACAAACAAAUAUAAAACUUGUAGAAAGAGGUUAGUUCUGUUAAUUACUUUCUAAAAAAGUAAUGUGUGAAUCUUCCACGGAAAACGUUUGCAUUAUUUAAGAAUGUUGGCACGCGACAAAGAAACUUUGCAACUUUAGGAACUGAUUUAUUAUUAAUAAUAAAAGGUAAUAACGACAACAUUUUAAGAGUCGAACUGCAACCAGUCUUUUUCAGCUACUGUCUGGAAUGGCGAGGAAAUCAAUAUUCCCAAAAUGCGAACAUAUGAAAUUGAGCAUGUACGCCAAUGCCGUAUUUGGCAUUUGGCCCUUCAUUUUCGAAGAUUACCCGACUCUAAAAAAGAUCUACGAUGUGUACUGUAAAAUUACUCUCACUUACUACUUCCUCUUCAUAGUAUCGGGCUGGAUUAAAUUCUUCCAGCUGUUCCAAGAAGUCCCCAUACCCGCUACAGAGAUCAUGGGGAACAUUUCUAUCACCUUCAUUUACAGCGUCACUAUUUGGAGAGCUCGGGCAAUAAGGGGACCUCGAAUGAUGAAUAUCAUAAAGAAUGUUAUAGAUUGGGAGAAAAAGAUUAUGGAGAGUGAAGAUCAACCACUUAUAGAUAUAUUUAAUAACUAUGCGUGGCAAAAUAGAAUAAUCAGUCAAGUUUUUAUUAUAACGGUGAUAAUUGUAACCAACUUAUUUUUCGUUCAUCCCCUCGGCUUGGAUCCCAGACCAAGGUAUGAUCCUGUUACAAAUGAAACAGUAUACAUAAAACCGCUUCCGCUCUCGUCAUGGUUUCCAUUUGAUGACCAAAAGCAUUACCUAAGAGCUUAUAUGUUCCACAUCCUAGACGCUUACGUAGGUGCUUCCUUCGUCAAUAACACAGAUUUAUUCUCGUUUGGAAUCAUCACAUUCCCACUGGGACAGACUGUUAUCCUAAACUAUAUCUUAUCCCAUUUUGAAGACUACGUGGUUAAGAUACAAGAACAACUUGGUGUGGAGAGGGAUGAAGCUAGCUUCAUCACCUUGAGAGAGUGUAUUCUGAAACACAAGGAUAUCAUAUCAUACAUUAAAGCGUUUAACAAAGAAAUGAAUAUAGUAAUUCUUCUAGAUUUUCUUCAAAGUUCUCUGCAACUAGCAGCUAUAGCGUUGCAACUGAUAUUUUUUGAAGUUAAUCUUUUCAAUUUCGUUUUCUCCAUUAUGUUUGUAAUCUGCAUGUUGACUAGACUUUUGGGAUAUUAUUGGUAUGCGAAUGAGAUUAUUAUUGAGACAUCUAAUAUACCACUAGCAAUUUGGUCUAGCAAAUGGUAUGAGGAACCGAAGAAAACUCAAGAUAUGAUGAUGAUUAUGAUGCUAAAGUGUUCAAGGCCUUUGACACUCAAUAUUGGACCAUUUAAUACCAUGUCAAUAAAUACUUUAAUCGGAAUCAUUAAAGCUACAUAUUCUUACAUGAUGGUGGUCUACAAGGGUCAGCAAUCAAAAUAAUUUUGUAAUGGAAUCGCCAAGAUGUUGAAACGAAUUAAGUUCCUAACUCUCUGUAAAAAUAAAGAAAGAGACCAGUAAAAUAUGAA